AUGGACGAAUAUUCAGAGUAUGCUGAAAGUUAUGCCGCUAGCGCUAUCAAUUCUGUUCUCAAUGAAAGUCCAGAAUCAUUAACGCCUCCAAGAAGUGGCAAUUAUUACAGGCAAACUUCUGAAUAUCAUGUCCAGCAAGCUGAACAUGCCGUAAAAGCCUUGAAACUUGUUGUGAAUGGAUCAGGAUGGAAAAAGAUUUUAAUGAACAAAAGGGGUACUAUUGUUUAUAAUAAGCAGGGAAGUAUAUUAGAUGAAAGAACUCCAGUGUAUAUGGGUGAACACGAAAUAGUGGUGGAAAAGAUAGAAUGUACCUCAACAGGUGAAAUUUACUUUGCCACAACUUCAGUUGACAAUCCAAAGGUUCCUCACAUUUCUGGAAGAAUCCGUGCAGAAAUUAUACUGAAUGGCUGGGUUCUCCAGACUCUUUCCACUUCUCCGCCCAGAACAAAAGUUACCUACGUUCUUCAAGUAAAUGUUAAUAGUUGGUUUCCAAGAUUUAUUGUCUCAACAUAUAUGUCUAGAAGGCCUCUUGUUCUUUGUGCUGUUGAAGAUUAUUUGAUAAAAAAUGAUCCGCCAAUAAUGUCAAUAAAUAAUACUUCACAAAUAUCGCAAACUCCUCCGAAACUUGUUCCCAAACUUUCUAAUGGUAUACGUGAUGAUAGUAUUGUAGUGAGAAAAACCCCAAAGCGUAAAAUAUCUUUCAAGGAAAGUGAAUCAACUCCUGAAGAUAUUAAUUUUACCACUUUUGAUAGUGAUACUAUAUAUGAAGAAUCUAUUCAACUAUCUGAAAAUCAAAAUACUUUUGUCGACGAUAAUUUAUUACCAUUAAUUCCACCCGAUACCUCAUUUCCAGUAAAAUCACCUAAGCUAACACAAAGACCAAUGCCUGUGCCACCAAGUUCGCCUCAAGUAAUGUCGCCAAGAAAUAUGUCAAUUACCUCGAAUAUGAACCAAUCAUUAAGACAAGAUCGUCAUCAUAAUUCUGCAAUAAAAGCACUGUCUAAACUAAAAACAUUAGCAAAUGAUUUAAAUGGUUGGGAAUUUCAUACGGAGGAGCAAGGUGUAAAGAUUUAUGUAAGAGAAGGAAUUUCUAACACUUUGCCAAUGACGCGUGGUGAUGCUAAAAUUACCGGCAAAUAUACAGCCGAUGAUGUUUUUAUUAUUGAACGUGAUACACAAACUGGUACAAUUUGGCAUGCCAGCACUUCGGUCGUCGAUCCUUUGAUGCCUGUAAAUAAAAGACAUGUUCGAGCGAAUUUAGAUAUUUCCGGAUGGCAGUUACGUCCUAGGGUUGACGAAGAAGAUUUGUCAACGUACAUGGAAAUUACCUACAUUGUUGAUAUUGAUAUCAAACUUGAACAAAUCCCCACGUCGAUCACCAAAAACAUUUUACUGCAACCACCAUUAUGUGUCGCAAAUAUCAUAGAAAUAUUGAGAACAAUAGGACAUCCACCAUAUAUAAAGAAUACUACUGAUUCAGUUAUAAGUGAAGGAAUUAAUACCAAAACUUUUCAAUAUGAUUUGGCCAUGGAAGUUAUUGGUAAUGGAGUAACUGACAUCAAAACUUCAAAGACAAUGUAUCCUAACGGGUUUGAUGUAUCAGUUGCACCAGAAGGUUUAAAAAUUGAACUAUUGGCACCAAGGUAUACUGACAUAAGAGUCACUGUGCCAGAUGAAUUGCAUUUAGAAACAGUAAAUAUUAGAAUUACAAAAAAUCCAAUAAGAGAUUAUUCAUUAGAUUCCCCAGCACCGUCGUCAACAGAUGGAUCAGAGGAUAAUAAUAUGUUAUCUAUGCGUGAAAUAGACACUUCGGAUUCAGCAGAUUCUACACUUGUUAAUAAAGAUUCUGAAAUCUAUGAGAAAGAUAACUUCCAACUAAAACAUUUGAAAGCUGUGGUCACUGACCCAAAGGUUACUAUUACAGAUCGAAUAUCUCAACCGUCAGAAGGUAACCUUUUUAACUAA